ACUCCGCUCCUCUCUCUCCUUUUUCUCCUCACAAAAAAGGGGACGUUUUCCACCUUCACAAAAAAAAAAAAAAAAAAAAGGGAUUUUUUCGGGGCAAAAACCUAGUGAACAAGGAUCUAAAACCGGAAAUCAACUCAAAAAAAAAAGGAGAUCGAAAGUCCCUCUGAAAACAGAUCGGAUGGGAAUCGAAGCCCAGAUCUCGUAGCAGUCCGAGACUCACACUCCGUUCACUGCGCCAACAAGAGUUGCUGUUGAAGAUGUCUUCAGCUCAAGAUCCCUUUUAUAUUGUCAAGGAGGAAAUUCAAGAAUCUAUUGACAAGCUCUUGUCCACAUUUCAUCAAUGGGAGCAAACUCCUAGAGAAAGUAGUGAGCAAGUACAUCUUACCAAAGAACUUCUUGCUUCAUGUGAGAGCAUUGAGUGGCAGGUGGAUGAAUUGGACAAAACAAUUGAUGUUGCGGCAAGAGAUCCUUCUUGGUAUGGUAUUAAUGAUAUUGAGCUAGAUAAAAGAAGAAGAUGGACCAGCAAUGCGCGCGCUCAAGUGGGAAGCAUGAAGAAAGCUGUAGUAGCUGGAAAGCAGUCAAAUGGGACAAGUACAUCUAAUCUUAGUGGGUUGCGGCGAGAACUAUUGAGAUUGCCAGAUUCUGAUCAGAAAGUGGGAUCCAAUGCAUACACUGCCCGGAAUAAUGAUGACUUUAUAUCAUCUGAAUCAGAUAGGCAAUUACUUCUUAUGAGGCAACAGGAUGAAGAGCUAGACGAGCUUAGUUCCAGCAUAGUUAGAAUUGGAGAUGUUGGGCUCACCAUACAUGAUGAACUUCUCUCACACGACAAGAUCUUAAGUGAGUUGGACACGGAGAUGGACAGUACGUCUAAUCGUCUUGAUUUUGUUCAGAAAAAGGUUUCCAUGGUAAUGAAGAAGGCGAGCUUCAAGGGACAGAUGAUGAUGAUUUGUUUUCUGAUAGUUUUGUUUAUUGUUCUUUUCGUUCUGGUUUUCUUGACCUAGUUUCAUUGUUUUGCUUUUAUUCAAUUCAUUUUGGUUUUCUCGACCUAGUGUAUGUACGUAUUGCUAUGGAGUUAUGGAAUAAACUGGCGUGUAUACAGCGUAAUUGAAUUGGAAAAAUUGGUAUUCACAUUCA